ACUUUCAUUUCAGGAAGUCGGCACGAUGUCUUUUUUCACGCUUGACGAUCGAACCUUUGGCAAGAUUCGCGUCGGAGGCCAAGAGGCGGCUCGCAUGGAGUGAAGGCGCGUCGAGAGAACGUCGUCGCCUUUGGCUUUUGAGAGCGAGCGCCGACGAUGGACCGGCCGCUGGUCACAGCUGGCCGGGCCCUGCUCUGCUGCUUUUUGCUUUCCUCCGCGGCUCUGCCGCGAAAGGUAUUUUCCAGUGCCAGCACAGUUUCCCUGCCUGAAAGUUUGCUGUUCGUGUCCACCCUGGAUGGAAAUCUGCAUGCUGUGAGCAAGAAGUCCGGUUCCAUCAAAUGGACGUUGAAAGAAGAUCCAGUUCUUCAGGUCCCCACGCAUGUUGCAGAGCCGGCCUUUCUGCCCGACCCCAAUGACGGCAGUUUGUAUUCUCUUGGUGGAAAGAACAACGAAGGCCUCACUAAAUUGCCUUUCACUAUUCCGGAGUUGGUGCAAGCGUCUCCCUGCCGCAGUUCCGAUGGGAUCCUUUACAUGGGCAAGAAGCAGGACCUGUGGCACGUGGUGGACCUGCUGACUGGCGAGAAGCAGCAGACGCUGACGUCGUCCUUUGCCGACGUGCUGUGCCCGUCCUCAUCUCUGCUCUAUCUGGGACGCACAGAAUACACCAUCACCAUGUACGACACCAAAAGCCGAGAGCUGCGCUGGAACGCCACCUACUCGGACUACGCCUCCACGCUUCCUGACGACGACGACGCCAAGUACAAGAUGGCCCAUUUCGUGUCUAACGGCGACGGCCUGGUGGUGACGGUGGACAGCGACUCCGGCGAUGUCCAGUGGGUCCAGAACUACGACUCGCCGGUGGUGGCCAUGUACAUCUGGCAGCGCGAGGGCCUCCGCAAAGUGGCCCACACCAACGUUGCCGUGGAAACGCUGCGCUACCUCACCUUCAUGUCUGGAGAGGUGGGCCGCAUCACCCAGUGGCGCUACCCCUUCCCCAAGGAGAAGAGGAAGCCCGACAAUAAAUUAAUGGACACUUUGUAUGUGGGUAAAUACUCGACCAGCUUGUAUGCGUCGCCCUCCCUGGUGCAUGACGGCGUCACAGUGGUGCCUCGAGGCAGCACGUUCCCCAUGCUGGAAGGUCCAGACGGGCAGGAGACGGACGAGGACAAAGAGUGCGUCAUCACGCCCAGCACCAGCGUCAAGUUCAGCGCUGCGCUCCGCCAGCGAAACCGCGUCAACUACAUGCGCAACUACCUGCUCCUCAUCGGUCAUCAUGAGACGCCUCCUGAAGCUCACAACAAGAUCCUGGAAAGAUUCCCUGACAGCUUUCCCCGUAACCAGGGCAACGUCAUUCCGCCUACCAGCAGCAAGAAACCCGAGGAUAAUGUGAAGAAUGUUGCCAUGGAUGACAUUCCGCCUUCUCCCAUGCCGGAAGUAUCGGUUCCAGAACCCGGGCUGAGCGGUCGCCCCGGGCGCCCGGAAGCCCCCGUGGACUCCAUGCUGAAGGACAUGGCCACCAUCAUCUUUUGCACCUUUCUGCUGGCGGGCUGGGUGGCCUUUGUCAUCACGUACCCCAAGAGCGUCCAGAAGCAGCAACAGCAGCAGCAUCAGGAGUUCCAAAGGCAGAUGGAGGAGCGCUUGGAGAUGCUGCAGCGGCAGCAGCCUUUCCCCCCUGCCGACGCGGCGCUUCCUCUGGUCCCGGACGGCGACUACCUGGAAGCGGCUCGCGCUCGCUCGGAAUGCUCGGACCACAGCAGCCCCAACGUCACCCCGCGUGCGUCCAACCACUCCAAUCUCUCCGUUUCGGAGCUGGGCAGCUCUGCCAAUGAACACGAGGAAGGAGACGACGACUCCAACGUCGUCAGAGUGGGCAACAUAACCUUCCAUCCCAAACAGGUGUUGGGCCACGGUGCUGAAGGGACCAUCGUCUACAAGGGGCAGUUUGACAACCGGCCGGUGGCGGUGAAAAGAAUCCUCCCGGAGUGCUUCAGCUUCGCAGACCGCGAAGUUCAGCUGCUGCGGGAGUCGGACGAGCACCCGAACGUCAUCCGCUACUUCUGCACCGAGAGGGACCGGCAGUUCCAGUACAUCGCCAUCGAGCUGUGCGCCGCCUCCCUUCAAGAGUACGUGGAGGUGAAGGAUUUCGACCGACACGGACUGGAGCCCGUUCCGCUGCUUCAGCAGGCCGUGUCCGGACUGGCUCAUCUGCACUCGCUCAACAUAGUUCACCGAGACCUGAAACCUCACAACAUCCUGGUGUCCGUGCCGAACGCCCACGGGCGGGUCCGGGCCAUGAUCUCGGACUUCGGCCUGUGCAAGAAGUUGGGGGUGGGCCGGCACAGUUUCAGCAGGAGGUCCGGCGUGCCGGGGACGGAGGGCUGGAUCGCUCCCGAGGUGCUCAGCGAGGACUGCGCGAACAACCCGACCUGCGCCGUUGAUAUCUUCUCUGCCGGAUGCGUCUUUUACUACGUGGUGUCUCAGGGCUGCCACCCGUUCGGCAAAUCCCUGCAGAGGCAAGCCAACAUCCUGCUGGGAACGUACAACCUGGACCGUCUGCAAACCGACACGCACGGCGACAUCGCAGCUCAAGACCUGAUCGAGCAGAUGUUGAGCAUGGAGCCUCAUCUGAGGCCCUCGGCGGAGUGCGUCCUCAAACAUCCGUUCUUCUGGAGCCUGGAGAAGGAACUGCAGUUCUUCCAGGACGUCAGCGACAGAAUCGAGAAGGAGCCGCUGGACGGAGCCAUCGUGAGGCGGCUGGAGCGAGGAGGGCGGGCCGUGGUCAAGAGUGACUGGAGGGAGCACAUCACAGUGCAGCUGCAGACGGACCUGAGAAGGUUUCGUUCCUACAAAGGCGGCUCAGUCCGAGACCUCCUUCGUGCGAUGAGGAACAAGAAACAUCAUUACCGGGAGUUGCCCGCCGACGUCCAGGAGACUUUGGGCUCCAUCCCGGACGACUUUGUUUCCUACUUCACGUCCCGUUUCCCGCACCUGCUGAUGCACACGUACCUGGCCAUGCGGACCUGCGCCGCCGAGAGGCUUUUCCUGCCUUAUUAUUCCAAAAUGGCAAAAGUGGACCACGCGUCACAACCUCAAGAAUCCACACAUGCGUCGCAGGUGCAGGUGCAGGUGCAGGUGGGACACGAGCCCGCCGCCUCUUCAGACUCGCCGGCCGAGACCGCCGAACCGUCGCCGUUGGACCCGCGCUGUCGGUCGCUCGCCUCGGAACCCGGUCCCGACGGGUCCGACCCAGCGGACACGCGGCCCGCGGACGGCGGAGCGGCGUGAACGCGUUCGUCCGGCACAGGAAGUGGGGGCGGUUGGGGGCUUCUCCUUAAAUGUCGCUGGCCAAUCGCUGCUUUUGUGCGCCGGCGGCGACCGGGCCUGCAGCGCCCGGGAGCCGCUCGCCCGCAACGGCAUCUGCGCCCCGAAUUUAAUAAGUGCCUUCCUUAACAGAACCAUUUGCAAGUUGGGCAACUCGAUGGAUUUCGUGUCGUAGCUGAACUGAGCGUUCAUAUAAAGUCCAAAAAUAGUAUUUGUCCCAAAAAUGUCCGGCCUUCUAUGGUGGGAAUUGUUGACAGUUAUUGUUCUACAGGUAUUGUGCAAUGCUGUAUUUUAUCGGUGAGUUUGUUCACUGCGCAGAUACUGUAUGAAUAUUUUUUUAUGAAUUUGAACCAUCUGGCAGAUGUGCCUUUUUAUAUGUGUAUAUAUAUAUAUAUAUAUAUAUAUAUAUAUAUACAUGACAAAAGGAAAAAAAACCAAGACGUGUCACUGUGCUGUAUGGCUCAAACUGAAAUCCGCUAAUAAUGCUGUCGGCGCUUUUUUUUUUUUUUUUUUUUUUUUUCGUUAAUCAAGACUUGUGUGGAUGGGCUGGCAACCGACUGUCCUCUGAGGUUUUCAGGAUCGGAAUGUUGCGGUGCAGGUUUAUUUUAUUUUUUUUAAUUAUUAUUAUUAUUAUUUUUUAACUGAUGUGAUUGUUCAACCUUUUGACUUUGUCGGUCAGUCUGCAGAGAGCUUGUGCUUUGGAGCUUUCCACGUCUAAAUGAAGUUGGUGACUUGCACAUUAAAUUCUAUUUUGUUUUUUUUCUAAAUCGACUUUGUUUUCUCUCAGUUUGCAUACUUGCAGCUUUGGUUCUUUUUGACGCUGGAAGCAUGAGAUGCGACAAUUCCGGGGUGGAGUCCGUCCGCCCUUUUCCCCAAAUCAUCUGGAAGAAGAGCACCCGGAACACGAUAACAAAUACGCAAAAUGGAAACAAGCCACGUAAAUACAAAAUCUUAUAGACACUGCAUAGAUUAAUUGUGGCAUUCAGCCCUCUCACGAACCACUGGACAUAUGUUAUAUAUUGGCUUUGAAUAUCUACACGUAAAAAAAAAAAAAAAAAAAAAAAACAGAUUGUAAAAGUUAUUUUUUUUUAAAUGUCAUUAUUACUUUCGUAGUAAACUAAUGUGGCGGCAAGUUGGCAUCGGGGGAUAAUUUAGAG